GGUCGUCUUGGAGUGUAUGUGAGGGGGGACAAGUUGAGCGAAACCGUAGCUGCAACAACCCUGAACCAUCUUUGUUUGGCAGACAGUGUCUAGGAGCAGUAAUGCAAACUAAACCAUGCUCAGGUGGUCUGGUGUACUUCAAUGCCCAUGGCCACAGUGUGUACCAGAAACAUUAUUUGACCUUCCCAACUGUUGUCGACAAUGUCGGCCACGGUUAUCACAGCAACAACGGCUCCUUUGUCGCGCCUUUCGAAGGGAAUUACUUCUUUUCUGCUCAGAUUUGUACAAGCAAUGGACAAACUGCAGAUGUCCAACUGCGUCAUGUUUUGUCUUCUGGAACUGAAAGAGCAAUAGCCGGCAACAGAGCGCAUGGAUCCGGGGACUAUGAUUGUGCUACUGCUUCUGCUCCCGUGCUCUUGCGUACCGGCGAGCAAGCCAGAGUGUACACGUCUGCGGCAGAUACAAUCCCGUUAUUCGACGAUCCGACAACGUUUUGGACAUCAUUCAGUGGGGUUUUAGUUGAAUAGUUAUUUAACUAAGUAACUGAAGUGAUGCCGAGCGCAUAGAUGUCUCUAACGCCCGCGAAUGAAUUCAAUAAUUUUAUAUACCAAAUUGUUGUAUGAAAUCGAUAUGUUAUACACAUUCUUCUUCGGGUUGCCUAAAACAAACACGAGGAUAGAUAUAAAUAUUGCUUGCUUGUAUCAUACUAAUCCAAACCCGCGAAUGGAUUCAAGUUUUUAAUGUACCGAAUUGUUGUAUGAAAUCGAUUUAUCAUACACAUUUUUCUUUGGGUUGAAUAGAAUAUAAAAGAAAACACGAGGAUUGAGAUGAAUAUUGUUUGCUAAUUUCAAACUAAUCCGAACAGCUAAGACUUACACUUAAACUAUUACAACAGUAUCAUAAUUUCAUUUAUGUUUAUCCAUGCACAUG